GAUCUGAGAUCCGAGGCCAUCCGAGGUAAACCUUAUUUCUUUUUUCUCUUUGUAACAUCGGGAGGGAGAAGGCGAGGGAGAGGGAGAGAGGGGAUGGCGAGAUCGACGACAAAAGACGCGCAGGAUCUUUUCCGGUCGCUUCGUUCUGCGUACAACGCGACCCCCACCAACCUCAAGAUCAUCGAUGUCUACAUUGUCUUUGCGGUUCUCACCGCUCUCAUUCAAGUUGUUUACAUGGCAAUAGUUGGAUCUUUUCCCUUCAACUCUUUCCUUUCUGGGGUUCUUUCAUGCAUUGGUACUGCCGUUCUAGCAGUCUGCCUGAGGAUACAGGUCAACAAAGAGAACAAAGAAUUCAAGGAUUUAUCUCCAGAAAGAGCUUUCGCGGAUUUUGUGCUCUGCAAUCUAGUUCUCCACUUGGUAAUAAUGAACUUUCUGGGUUAGAUUGGCUUGUAGUUUUUCAAAAUUUUUGAUGACUUAAUACUGAAGAGUGAGUUGCUAGGCUCUUUGACAGUCUUGCGUGUGCACCUGUAAUGCAAAGUGCCACAUUUUCAUGUUUCAUUUGAGCACACACUGUUGUAUGAAAAGGCAUAGCGCGCUUAGACUUUGUUAGAACCAUGAUAUUGUAGGAACCACCUCAACGUUAGAUCUAGUGCUUAAAAUAUUAUGGAAUUUUCUA